AUGGCGCAGAAAAUGGAAGCAAAAGUGAAAGUUGAAAUGGAAAUCUUGCCGCUGCAAGUUGAAAGUCAGGACAGAGUGAAGACUGAAAUGGAAGGUGACUUCACCGCCUUGGGGCAGCAUCUGGCCCAGCCGGCCGAGUGCCAGCAGCAUCUGGCCCAGCCGGCCGAGUGCCAGCAGCAUCUGGCCCAGCCGGCCGAGUGCCAGCAGCAUCUGGCCCAGCCGGCCGAGUGCCAGCAGCAUCUGGCCCAGCCGGCCGAGUGCCAGCCAGCAUCUGGCCCAGCGGCCGAGUGCCAGCAGCAUCUGGCCCAGACGGCCGAGUGCCAGCAGCAUCUGGCCCAGCCGGCCGAGUGCCAGCAGCAUCUGGCCCAGCCGGCCGAGUGCCAGCAACAUCUGGCCCAGCCGGCCGAGUGCCAGCAGCAUCUGGCCCAGCCGGCCGAGUGCCAGCAGCAUCUGGGCCAGCCGGCCGAGUGCCAGCAGCAUCUGGCCCAGCCGGCCGAGUGCCAGCAACAUCUGGCCCAGCCGGCCGAGUGCCAGCAACAUCUGGGCCAGCCGGCCGAGUGCCAGCAGCAUCUGGGCCAGCCGGCCGAGUGCCAGCAGCAUCUGGCCCAGCCGGCCGAGUGCCAGCAGCAUCUGGCCCAGCCGCCCGAGUGCCAGCAGCAUCUGGCCCAGCCGGCCGAGUGCCAGCAGCAUCUGGCCCACGGCCGAGUGCCAGCAGCAUCUGGCCCAGCGGCCGAGUGCCAGCAGCAUCUGGCCCAGCCGGCCGAGUGCCAGCAACAUCUGGCCCAGCCGGCCGAGUGCCAGCAACAUCUGGCCCAGCCGGCCGAGUGCCAGCAGCAUCUGGCCCAGCCGCCCGAGUGCCAGCAGCAUUGGCCCAGCCGGCGAGUGCCAGCAGCAUCUGGCCCAGCCGGCCGAGUGCCAGCAGCAUCUGGCCCAGCCGGCCGAGUGCCAGCAGCAUCUGGCCCAGUCCGGCCGAGUGCCAGCAGCAUCUGGCCCAGCCGGCCGAGUGCCAGCAGCAUCUGGCCCAGCCGGCCGAGUGCCAGCAGCAUCUGGCCCAGCCGGCCGAGUGCCAGCAGCAUCUGGCCCAGCCGGCCGAGUGCCAGCAGCAUCUGGCCCAGCCGGCCGAGCACUGCCAGCAGCAUCUGGCCCAGCCGGCCGAGUGCCAGCAGCAUCUGGCCCAGCCGGCCGAGUGCCAGCAGCAUCUGGCCCAGCCGGCCGAGUGCCAGCAGCCAUCUGGCCCAGCCGGCCGAGUGCCAGCAACAUCUGGGCCAGCCGGCCGAGUGCCAGCAGCAUCUGGCCCAGCCGGCCGAGUGCCAGCAGCAUCUGGCCCAGCCGGCCGAGUGCCAGCAACAUCUGGCCCAGCCGGCCGAGUGCCAGCAGCAUCUGGCCCAGGCGGCCAAGUGCCAGCAGCAUCUGGCCCAGCCGGCCGAGUGCCAGCAGCAUCUGGCCCAGCCGGCCGAGUGUCAGCAGCAUCUGGCCCAGCCGGCCCGAGUGCCAGCAGCAUCUGGCCCAGCGGCCGAGUGCCAGCAGCAUCUGGCCCAGCCGGCCGAGUGUCAGCAGCAUCUGGGGCAGCCGGCCGAGUGCCAGCAGCAUCUGGCCCAGCCGGCCGAGUGCCAGCACUCCUGGCCAGCCUCGCCUACCAUCACAACCUCCAGGCAACAUUCCAGUCUAAAACAAACUCUUAACUUCUUUAAAAUUGAACAACAGGGAACUCUGACCAGUGGAGACGGGCGCUGA